AUUCCAACGUAAUACUUUAUCUCUCUCUCUCUCUCUCGAGUCUUCUUCAAUCGAGUGCCACACAACAGGAUCAAAACCCGAUCUGGUCAACUUAAAAUGGAGGAAGUCCAAGAGCCUCAAACCCAAUCACCACUCGGUCAAGAAGAUGAGAAUGAAGUGAUUACUGAAAGCUCUGCAUUUGUUAAAGGGGAGCCAACACAAGAAUUUAGUUACCCUCCAAAAGUUGAUUCUCAAGUUGAAGUCCUUCACGAGAAGGUCACUAAACAAAUAAUUAAGGAAGGCCAUGGCCAGAAACCUACCAAAUAUUCAACUUGCUUCUUCCAUUACAGGGCGUGGUCUGAGAGUACACAGCACAAGUUUGAAGACACAUGGGAGGAGCAACGACCAAUUGAGAUGGUAUUAGGAAAAGAGAAGAAAGAAAUGACUGGGUUGGGCAUUGGUGUGGCAAACAUGAAAGCGGGUGAGCGUGCGUUGCUGCGUGUUGGCUGGGAACUAGGAUAUGGAAAAGAAGGAAGCUUUUCUUUUCCAAAUGUUCCACCCAUGGCAGAUUUAGUUUAUGAAGUUGAGUUCAUUGGCUUUGAUGAAACAAAAGAAGGAAAAGCUCGCAGUGAUAUGACGGUGGAGGAAAGGAUCGGUGCAGCAGAUCGGAGAAAGAUGGAUGGAAAUGCUAUGUUUCAGGAAGAAAAACUAGAGGAGGCCAUGCAACAGUAUGAAAUGGCCAUAGCGUAUAUGGGAGAUGACUUCAUGUUCCAGUUGUUUGGGAAAUAUAGGGAUAUGGCUCUGGCUGUAAAGAAUCCAUGCCAUCUUAACAUGGCAGCAUGUCUGAUUAAGCUGAACCGCUAUGAAGAAGCUAUUGGACAAUGCAGCAUUGUACUGAGUGAGGAUGAGAACAAUGUCAAGGCAUUAUUUAGGCGAGGUAAGGCUAGAGCAUCACUUGGGCAAACAGAUGCUGCCAGAGAAGAUUUUCAAAAGGCACGUAAACAUGCCCCUGAAGAUAAAGCAAUUGCAAGAGAAUUGAGGUUGCUUGCUGAACAUGACAAGGCUAUUUACCAAAAGCAGAAAGAGAUCUAUAAAGGAAUAUUUGGACCAAGUCCUCAACCAAAACCUAAGCCAAGUAAUUGGCUGGUUCUUAUUUGGCAGUGGUUGCUUUCAGUAUUUUAUGGCCUUAUCACACUCUUCAAGCGUGAAAGGCACAAAUCUGACUAAUUGAACUGUGGAACAACAAGACCAAUUUGUUUACGUGCAUCCUACGAGAUGGCAUGUCUUUGUCCUACUAAGGGAAUAAUUAUUACUUUUACUAUUUAUCUUUGCUGGUGGUACAAUGAGUUGUUCAAAAGGCAGUGGUGUUUUCACUCUUCUGUAUAGAGGAGUCGUGUUUGACAAUACUACUACCAACCUCUUCUUUUGUUUACUUUUCAAAUAGAGUU